AUUCUUGUAUAGAUUUUUAUUUAUUGAUUUUGUAUUCUGCAACUUCUGUUUAUCAGCAAUCUGAAUGUGAUUAUUCUAACAGUUUUUCAGUAGAAUCUUUAGUGUUUUCUGUAUGUAAUAUCAUGUCAUCUGCAAAUGCAUGUUUGUCAAAGGCUUCUAUAGUUUGUUUUUCUUAAAGAAAUAGGAAGCAAAGCUAUUAGCUUAGAGUAAAGACGGGGGAAAUGGUAUUAGGUUUAAGGAGGGAAGAGAAAGUAUAAAAUAUUUGAUGAGCUUCUGAGUCGAGCAGACUCCUUUGUGGAUGAUCUAGAGAAGUGUAGUAUGUUUUCCAGGACUCAGUUAUGUCAGUCUUUCCAUAGGUCAUCCUUGGAGAUGGAGAAUAUUCUGCAAAUUCAUCCCUCUUUUAUAUUUUAACUGAGGACUCUGUCUUAUGGAGCAUGUCCUGAGUCAUCUUGAAAUUUUUCCCCUCUGUACUUUUCCCAUGUGUGUAUUUCCAACAGCAAAUAAUUAAACAGUAACUGAGGAGUCCCAGAGGAUGUAAAAAAUGAAUCUGCUGCUAAAGAGUCUGCACAAUUUCAGCUUGUAAAGCUUUUGUUUUGGAUUGGGUGUCAGUGAAUUUGGAAAUGCUCCACUCCAGUCAGUAUUAGUUACAGUCAAUUUCCUUGGACUAGUAGGUCUAAUUUUUUGUUUGUUUACUUGUCUUAUAUGCCUCCUGAAAUUUUCUGUGCUCAUCCCUGAUGUCUGAGGAAGUUUAAAGUUUUUAGAGGCACUAGGUACCAGCCAAAGUCUUGAAGCUGUGACAGUGCAUAUGCUGCUGAGGAGUUCUGAACCACCUAGCAGGAAUUUCUACAGAAGGAAAUAUCAGGUCAAGACACAAGAUGCUGAAUCCAAAAGCUGAUGUUAAAGUCAAGACCUCCAGGGUGACUGCUACUCCAGUCUCCACGGAGUCUUUAAAAGGUGCAGGAGAUUCAGUUGAUGAACAGAGUUUCUGCAGGGGAGAAAUAAAGAGUGCAUCACUGAAGGAUUUGUGUCUUGAAGACAAAAGACGCAUUGCAAACUUAAUUAAAGAACUGGCCAGAGUAAGUGAGGAAAAGGAAGUGACAGAAGAAAGACUCAAAGCUGAGCAGGAAUCAUUUGAGAAGAAGAUCAGGCAGUUGGAAGAACAGAAUGAAUUGAUCAUCAAAGAAAGGGAAGCUCUUCAGUUACAAUAUAAAGAAUGCCAAGAACUUCUAAGUCUCUAUCAGAAGUAUCUGUCAGAACAGCAGGAGAAGCUCACUAUGUCUGUCUCAGAACUUGGUGCUGCUAAAAUGCAGGAACAACAGGUAUCCAAUAGGAAAAGCACUCUCCUGUCUACAUCUAUGGAACUGGAUGGUUCCUACUUAAGUGUAGCCAAACCACAGAUCCACACUCAAACCAAGCAGAGGCCUAAGUCUGCAAAUCAGGACUCAGCUUUGGAAUCCCUUGUGGAAUUUAGGAAUAAUUCUUUGAAACCAGCAACCUUUCAUUAUUCCAAAGAGGAUAUGAGCAAGGUGCCCUCAUUGACCAGAGCAUGUAAUUACAGAUCCCCAGGGAAAAAACUAGUAGACGCAGUCCCAACAGAGAAAGCCACUCCCAAAGAACUGAAGAUGAAGGAAUGCCAGCACCUUCAGACUCCUCCAUCUAGUCAGUGUUGUGGCCAUGGACUUUCUGAAAAUGCAGAUCAUGUUCACGAGAGCCAUCCAACAAACAUGGGCCCUCUGCAUUCCAAGACACACCUGGACUCAUGCAGGUUUUGUGGGCUUUCCUGGGCGUCUCUGAUGCAUGGCCACGGGGCACUGCCACCUAAUGAAAAUGAUGUCAGAAAGCAGCUCUCCGAAGAUAGAAGGCAGCAACUUAUGCUUCAGAAAAUGGAGCUGGAAAUUGAAAAGGAGCGCCUUCAGCAUCUGUUGGCCCAGCAGGAGACAAAACUUCUCCUGAAACAGCAGCAGCUUCAUCAGUCUCGACUGGACUAUAACUGGUUAAGGACUCAAGCUGUAUUUAAGUCAAGAGAACUGGUUGCUAAUAAAGAGAUUACUAAACCUCAAGAGCUCAGUCUGGAUGUGAAUGGGAGUGGCUCUGGACCAAGUCUAUUGAAGUCAGAGUGUGAUGACUGGACACUUGGAACAUCAUCGUCCAGCAAAAAGUGCCAAGACUCCACUAACAGUGGAGGAAAUAGAAGGGAUAAGAAGACAGUUGGGUUUCAAUCGCAGAUGGAAGAUGAUGCCCUGUGGACCAGUCAGAAGAAAGAUGCAUGUCGACCCCAAAGAGGGACAGUGGCAGAAUUUCGAAAAGAUGCGUCCACGUCUCCUAUGACAACAGGGAGCCAGAAGGAGCCUGUGAUCCCAGCUACGUCAUCCUCCCAACAUGACAGCUCCCGGUAUGAGACGUCUCUGUUGGAUUUGGUUCAAUCUCUGAGUCCAAAGACUGCUUCGAAACCGCGGCCCCAUCGCUCCAGAGAAGCUGGAUCAUGGAAUCACAGUACUUGCCGACUCAGUCCUCUGAAAUCAACCUGGAACAAGACCAGGGCCGGCAGCACCCCCGAAGACCUGGAGGAGAAUCAGAUUCUUGAAGAUAUCUUUUUCAUUUGAUGCUGAAGCAUGUGCUGCAGAGUUUCCAUCAGAAAUGAGUGGGUGUCUUUAUGUACCGAUAUAGGAUUUUAAAUUAUUUAACUGUAAUUGUGUCUCUCCUUUCACAGGGACCUAUCUCACUAGUAUCCUGUUAUGUAUGGAAUUUAGAAAUCAUUCUAACAACCCAGGGUGUUUCUGAUUAGACCAGUCAGUAGGUAACACAUUAAGGGUGGGUGAGGGUGGAGGGCAGUAGCCUUUGUGUGCUAAGCAGAGAUUAGAAAAUUAACAAAGGACAGAGGCAUGGCAGAGGCCAUUGUUUACUCAGCCUCAUUCAAGAGUGUUUCCUUUUCAGUAUUUUGCUGGAAAAGUUGGGCUGUGUUUUGUACACAGGGAAAACCUUUCCACUGAAAGAUGCCUCUGGUUUCAACAUAGCCCCUUUGUAACAUAAGCAGUUUUGAAAACGUAGACCCUUUUACCUCUCCCCCCUGUUUUCUUACCACCUACCUCUUUGCAAUGCAGUCAGUUAAUUCUGAAGUUGGAGUCGGUGCCCUUCCCAUCACAAGCAACACUGAGGGCCAAUCGUGAGUCAGCCCCUGUAGUCAUCAGCCUUGGCAGCUGCCCGCCCCAUACCCUAGAGUGCUUAAUGAGCUAGAGAGAUCCACCCCCCGCACCCCAGCCCUUGGAAACUGGCAUUAGAUUACAUAAGAGAGUGCUACCCUAGUGGAGGCGCCGGCCAAAAUGCUUGUUCUCCCAUCUGCCAUUUCCUUGGGUAAGUUAGAGCAGUCUCUCGGUAUCUUUCCUUGAUCCAAGUGUCUGUCUUAUUCACCCUCGUGAACGUCCGUCAGUGGCUGCAGGCUCAUAAGCUUCCUGGCCUCCCCUCUUUCCCCAUGAGGAGCCAGAGCCCUGGUCGACCAGGCCUUGCGUGUGCUCUGCCCAAGGCCACUGUCUCAUGGCCCCACAGAACCACCUCCUCUUGCCAGAUAAUGUUCCCCCCUGCUAUCCCACUGGGCCCCCCAGAGAAAGCCUGUGGAAGAAUUACACCCAAAACUCCAAUUCUCAGCUCUCCUGUUUGACAGAGCUCUUGAGCUGGGUUGCACUGCUUACAGAGGGCUUUAGUGGACUCUAGCAGCAUCCCAAGCUGACGGGCAGUAUCGUGAGCCUGGUAGAGCCAGUGAAUUGAAAACUUUCAAGUCCUUGGAAGCAGGGGGGGAGAUGCGUAUUACUCAAUGACUUUAUUUGGUGUAGGGGGUGUUGCUUUUCUCACUCUCCCUUUCACCAGCCCCAGACGUGAACUGAGACUGUCAGUCAUUAUUAGUAGCCAAGGUCAGAACAUGCAGGGCAGCCUGCAAUUAGUGAGACACGUGGUUUCCUUGAAGUCUUUAUCAAAACUAGAUUAUUUCAGCCUACAGAAGCCUUCCAGAACAGCUUCCAUGUCUGGAUAAAUCCAGAUCUCAUUGUCUUUUCAGACUGGGCCCUCUCACCUCGGCCCAGCCUUCCUUCACUUGCAUCUUUUUGUCCUUUGGAGGAAGGAAUAUAGCCUGCCAAUUCCAUAUGCUCAAUCUGAGGGAAAUAUCAGGUCAGAACAAACUAGCUAUAGUCAUUCAGUUGAAAAUUAUUGCAGAUUACAGUCUUCUCUGAAAGUUCACCCCUGUGAAAGUAAUUGAAUCAGUGCCAUCCCAUUCCAAAAGCCUUUGGAAAAUAGGCUUUUCUUGGUGUGGCAAAAAAAAGGGGGAGGGGUGAAAACAAGCUGAGAGCCCUUGGCCACUUUCUCAGUUAAAGUUAGAUUUCUGAGCUAUCUUUCUGUUCUCCGUGUGUCAUGCCCACCUUAAGUACACCCAGAUCCUUCAAAUCAUCCACAACCACACUUUCCCCUCCUGGACACCAGUGUCCUUACUGCUCUCUGGAGUGAGAGGAUGCCAGAAAGACCACGAAAAGGCCUGUGAUGUCUUCAAGAAACUUGUUUGCCUUUACAAGAAUCAUAAGUAGGCUCUAAACUAAAGGCUUUGGGGGUCACAUGCCACAAAAUGGAGUUUAACUGCUUGCUUACCUCUCCUGAAUGAGCAAUCUGGAACAGCAAAGAUGGAUUUUCAGCAGAGCAUCAAUCAACCUGUUUUUCAUAUGCCACAGUCCCCCACCAGUUGCCUUUCUCUAUCCUGUAGGCAUUUCCUGGAUGUCAGGGCAAUAGGAUGUGAAUUUGUGUCUGGUCUAAUGUCUUCAUUAUGAAUUGAACAGUAUAUGUUAACAUUUCAAUCUGUGUCUCACUUUGAGAUCUAUAUAUAUAUGUAUGAAAAGGUUGUUGUAGAGCCUCGAGGCUUUUGUGGAGCCCGGAGGCUUAACCUAAUUGCAGACUAAGCUACCAAGGGAGAGGGUCGGCACACAGGGAUCUGCCUUUUCUCUCAGUAAGCGCUCCCGACAGUGACUGGGAUGCACUUACCCAGCCUCCAGCCACUUCCCCAAAGCAAGGCUGGACAGGACAUGUGCGGGGGUUGCUGCUGCUGUUACCACUUCCCCACCCUGCCUCCCACCAUUCUAGGAGAGAAACGCCAGUCAACAUUUGCAAAAUGGGGAAGGACAAAUGCCAACAGACGCUCCUUAAGUAGGGCCCAAGGUGCGUGAUUUCAAAAGCCAAGUCUGCCAAGGGAAAGGUUUUCCUGGCGGUCACCCUUCCUGGAGGCACACUUGUGUUCACAAACCUGACCUCCAUGGUGGGGGCUGGUCUAGAGCACACCGAAUGUUGUGGGAGGAAGGGGCUCCCUCCUCCUCCAGGGGCCCUCCUUUCCCUUGACUCUGCUCUCAUACGAGAGAUUUGCUGGUCUCAGAUGCCAGGGAGGGGCCAGGCCUAAGGAGCAGAGCCAGAUGAAGACUACCAUCGUUAGGGUGGGGGCUCUGACAGACUCCCCCUAACUCACCCUCUAUCCCCACCUCAGGGUAUGUUAUUUUUAAUGUGGGCCAAUGUUUCUUUUUAUGAGGUUUUAUGGUAAUAAAUUAUCUGUAUGGCUAUUUUCCCCAUGUGGUUUUGAUACUGAAUUGCUCCUUGAACAUCCCUCAUCAGAUAAGUGGAGUUUAGCUUGAAAACAAAAACAGAGCCUUGGGUUAUCAUUUCACUUAGUAUUUGUUAAAGCAACAGGAGCUUAUGGCCAAUUGAAAGAAACCCAUGUCUUGUAGGUUUCCUGGCUGACUCCAGCUCAUGCCCAUCACAUAAACACUAAGGCUAUGUGGUCACUAGAAUGGAGGAUUCAAUCUCUGUGUACUGCUGAGCCCCUUCUAUGUCCCUUUUCACAAAACUGCUCAGUAAAGAACUGUCUUGGCACUUGGACACAGGAAAAAUAGUCCUGGAGGAGAAAAUGGCAACCCACUGCAGUAGUCUUGCAUGGACAACCCCAUGGACAGAGGAGCCUGGUGGGCUACAGUCCAUGGAGUCACAAAAAGUCAGGCACGACUUAGCAACUAAAUAGCAAACAGUUGGCUUUAGGUGCUGGGAAAACACCAGCGAGGGCUCGCAUGCCUGAAGUGCUGAGUUUUGAGAUCACAUCUGUGGAUUCAACUAAGACAGCUAAAGGCCCUAUCCUGUCCCUGCUCCCCUAGCCAGCUUGGCACCUCCCUCUGAACCAGGAGCCUUUGCAGCUGCUCCUCAGAGACAGAAGUGAUGAGAGCAAAGUCAUCACUCAAAUGGCUCCCAAGCUGAAAAUGAACUAAGUAGUGUUUGACCCGAUUGAAGUAAGAUUACUCUUGAGUCUAGGAACAAGGCCUGAUCCUCAGAGGAAGAAUAAACACAGUGAGAGAGCCCGCUUCAUAAGUUGGUAACCAGCCGCACAGUUCCUUCUGAGUUUCUCAGAUUUGCUAUUCAAGGUGGGUUGUUCCUGAGCCCCUAGGGUUCCAUUGUUCCAUUCAGAUCUGGGACCUUUUACCCUCUCAGGCUUCAGCCUCAUAGCUCACUCACAUCCAGCUCCACCACAUACAUGCUCAGAACUGAGCAAGCACCUGGAAAAUGUGCCUGGGUCCUUUUCUGCUCUCCUCAUCACAAUUCCAUCACCUUCCAGAGUCACAGAAGUCUGUGACUGGAUUGGACCUUAGAGCCCAUAAAAUCCAUCACUUUGAUUUUACAGAUGAAUCAAGUUCAGAGAAAAGUGAGCUGUCAUAUCCUGCCAGUGGUAGGUCUGGCCACCAAGCAAGGACCGCACCCCACCCCCCGCCCCGCCUCCGCCACUGCAGGACAUCACUCCUUUGAUGUGUGUUCGAAGAUGAACAUUUUUAAGAAUCUCAACUAGGAUUGAACAUUCCACCGCCAUCUCUUGUGAGGUGAGCUUUUGUAGACUGCUUGGACCAAAGCAGGCAGAAACACAGCAUGUCCUUUCUUCAGGGGAUUUAGGUUGGUAACCCUCAAGGAGUGAAUGCCACCGUCUAGAACUUCUUUCUGUUCAUGGAGGUGGAAGCCAUGGGAAGAUUAAAGAAAAUCCCUGGGAAAAAGCUAAAUCUCUCCAGGUGGCAUAAUGGACAUCACUGUCUUCUGUAAAUAAUAAAGGCUAUUACAGCCCUAGUUAGGACUUCUUCUAAAAAGACAGUUGGCAAAAUGAGAGUGAGGUCCACCUUCAACUGGCUGGGGGAAGUGGUAGAUGUAAAACUAGUAGGAAUGACCUAUAUCAUACGUUGUCAAUAGGGCAGCCAAGUACUUUGACCAUGACCUGCCAAAACCCACGCUUGUCUUCAUUGGUGGUUUCAGUCAGUUGAGUGGCUCCCCUGGACCCAUCAUUGUGUCACAUGCUGUUGACCCCACAAAGGAAGAGAGUAACAGCACAGGUUAUGGAACUAAUUGGGCUUCCCUGGUGGCUCAGAUGGUAAAAGAAUCCACCUGCAAUGUAGGAGACCUGGAUUCGAUCCCUGGGUUGGAAAGAUCCCCUGGAGGAGGGCAUGGCAACCCACUCCAGUAUUCUUGCCUGGAAAAUCCCCAUGGACAGGGGAGCCAUGGAGUCACAAAGAGUGGGACACGACUGAGCGACUAAACACAGCACAUGGAACUAAUUAGAUCUUAUCCAAAUCUCAGUUAUACUGCUUCCUAGCUGAUUAAUCUUAGGCAAUUUAUUAACCUGUAAAAUAAGGAAGAUAAUGCAUGCCUCAUAGGAAGGUUAUAAGAGUAAAAUUCAAUGAGAUAAUGUAUGUGAGCUACUCAGUCAUGUCCGACUCUUUGCAACCCCAUGGACUGAAGCACACCAGGCUUCCCUGUCCAUCACCAACUCACAGAGCUUGCUCAAACUCAUGUCCAUCGAGUCGGUGAUGCUACCCAACCAUCUGACCCUCUGUCAUCCCCUUCUCCUCCCGCCUUCAAUCUUUCCCAGCAUCAGGGUCUUUUCCAAUGAGUCAGUUCUUUGCAUCAUUUGGCCAAAGUACUGGAGUUUCAGCUUCAACUAUUUCCUUUAGGAUUGACUGAUAAACAAGAGUUAUCUCAGUAAAUUUCCCAGUGACUGGUAAACACUAUAGUUUCAGAUAGCAAAUUGCUGGACUGAGUUUACUUAGAAUUUGUGGGAGGAGGCAAAAAAGGAGGGAAUUGUAACCUGGGCUUGGGAGGAAUAUCUAAGAUGGAUGGAGGAUGGGGACAGAUGUGGUAGGUGGGAAAAUACAGAAGCUGAAUGCUCAUUGGCGAGAAAGCUCAAGAUAUGUUUUGAAAGAAUGCCUUGGUGGUCCCAGCUAGUAGUUGAGGUUCCAGACAAGAACACAUGGGCAUGCACUGAGAGAUAGGCCAGGCCCAAAUUGUGAAGACUGCUGGAUGCCAGGCACUGGAGUUCCAUCCUUCAACAAAAAGCCAUGAACUAUUUUAGAAUCACUUGUUCAGAAAUAUCUCCCAUGCAGGAGUGUCAGGCUCUGUGGGGGAGCGGUGGUGUGGAUGAGAAAGGGAAAGAAGGAAACCAGUACUGGGUGCCUACCAAGUGCUGAGCAAGGUCUGUAGAUGCCUUACCUCAUUUAAUCCUAAAACUUGGGUGGCAAUAUCCCCCUGUUAGAGAUAAGGAAACUGAUCUUGGAGAGGUUAGGUGUUGGGCCUCAACUGCUAAACAGUGGAGCUAGAAGGGGCUGGGAGACAAGUGUCAAGUUCUAUGGGUGUACUCCUUGUUCCAUACAAGUCUUCCUCUAGCCUAAGCAGGGAGCACUUUAGGCAGAGACAGCUGUUGCACAGGUCACAUGAGGUGCUGGGAGAACUGUCACUCCAUCCUAGGAUUGGAUAGAAGACUGUAGAGUGGAGAUGCUGCUAUUAGGAUCAGGCUUCCUAAUACCACCUCCCAAGAUUGGACUGUGGGACAGCCCACCCAGAGGAGAGUUGGGACGGUAGAUCAGACAACCUAGGAUUCAUGUCGCUUGCCAGGGACUGAGUUGGAAAGAAAGACCUUGAAUGAAAUACUUAAAUCAACCUUGCUCUGUUGAGAAUGUGCACAAAAUGAAGUCAGAUUGCCCCUGGCUGGAAAGAUAAAUAACAGAGCAUUAAGGAGGAAGUGAUGAGCAUGGGACACAGAAAAAAGUCAGGACUUGCUCCAUUGAAGCUCGCUUCAUGGAAACAUUGGACGGGAGGGUUGAUAAGAUGCUGAACCCCAGUAGCGGCAAUAGUGAUAUCAAAGAGGAAGAUCUUACAGGAAAAUAAGAAAUUUCUACGAAUCCUCAUACUAUGCUGAAGGGAAUGUGAAAUGGUACAGCUGUCUUGGAAAAUAGUCUGUAAGUUCCUCAAAAAGCUAAACAUAAAGUUACCAUAUGACUAGCAAUUGUACCCCUAGGUAUAGACCCAAGAGAAAUAAAAACAUUGUUUAGUCGCAAAGUCGUGUCUGACUCUUAAAGUCUUGUCCAUCUCUUUGCGGCCCCAUGGACUACAGCGUGCCAGGUUUCCCUGUCCUUCACUAUCUCCUGGAGCUUGCUCAGACUUACGUCCAUUGAGUCGGUGAUGCUAUCCAACCAUCUCAUCCUCUGUUGUCCCCUUCUCCUCCUGCCCUUAAUGUUUCCCAGCACCAGGGUCUUUUUCAAUGAGUCAGCUGUUCAUAUCAGGUAGCCAAAGUAUUGUAGCUUCAGCUUCAGCAUCAGUCCUAAUGAACAUUCAGGGUUGAUUUCCUUUAGGUUUGACUGCAUUUGCCCUCAUUGGAGUCCAAGGGACUCUCAAGAGUCUUCUCUAGCACCACAGUUUGAAAGCAUCAGUUCUUCCGCACUCAGCUUUCUUUAUGGUCCAACUCUCACAUCCGUGCAUGACUAUUGGAAAAACCAUAGCUUUGACUAUAUGGACCUUUGUCAGCAAAGUGAUGUCUCUGCUUUAUAAUUUGCUGUCUAACUUUGUCAUAACUUUCCUUCCAAGGAGCAAGCAUCUUUUAAUUUCAUAGCUGCAGUCACCAUCCACAGUGAUUUUGGAGCCCAAGAAAAUAAAAUCUGUCACUGCUUCCACUUUUUCCCUAUUUGCCGUGAUGUGAGGAGACCACAUGCCAUGAUCUUCAUUUUUUGAAUGUUGAGUUUUAAACCAGCUUUUUCACUGUCUUCUUUCACCUUCAUCGAGAGGCUUUUAGAUCCUCUUUGCUUUCUGCCAUUAGAGUGGUAUCAUCUGCAUAUCUUGAUUUCAGCUUGGAGUUCAUCCAGCCCAGCAUGAUGUACUCUGCAUAUAGGUUAAAUAAACAGGUGACAUAUACAGCCUUGAUACACUCCUUUCCCAAUUUUGAACCAGUCCAUUGUUCCAUGUCCAGACCUAACUGUUGCUUUUUGGCCUGCAUACAGGUUUCUCAGGAGGCAUGUAAGGUGUUCUAGUAUUCUCAUCUCUUUAAGAAUUUUCCAAAAUUUGUUGUGAUCCACACAGUCAAAGGCUUUGGCAUAGUCAAUAAAGCAGAAGUAGUAUUUUUUCUGGAAUUCUUUUGCUUUUCCUAUGACCCAAUGGACGUUGGCAAUUUGAUCUCUGGUUCCUCUGCCUUUUCUAAAUUCAGCUCAAACAUCUGGAAAUAAAAACAUGGGUCUACAGAAAAAUUUUUUCAUGGAUAUUCACAGCAGCAUUAUUUAUAAUAACCAAAAGGUAGAAACAACCCAAAUGUCUAUUAGCUGAUUAAUGAAUAAACAAAAUGUAGCAUAUGGACACGUGGAAUAUUUGGCAAUAAAAAGCAGAGAAAUGCAACCUGCAACAUGAAUGAACCUUGAAAGCAUAAAGCUAAGUAAAAGAGGCCAGUCAAAAAGACCUCGUAUAGUAUGAUUUCAGUCCAGAUGGGCAGAGCCACAGGGACAGAGUCUAUUAAUGGUUGCCUAGGGUGGUAGGGGAUGGGGGUAAUGGAGAAUGACUGCCAAAAAGUGUGGGAUGUCUCUUAGGGUGAUGAAAACGUUCUAAAAAUUUAUUGUGAUGGUUGCAUAACUGUGACUAUACUAAAAAAUCACUGGCUAAACUGUACUUUUUAAAUUAGUACAUUAUAUGGUAUAUGAAUUAGAUCACAUAAAGCUACCACAAGAGAAAUGUCCUGGGGCAUUGGUUACUGGGUGGCAAGGAGUGCUGGAAAGUCACGAGCAAACACCUCAUCUCCAAGGCUCUGAAAUGGCUUGAGUGAAAGCUUAGAUUUGUGAGGUGUUGGGGAGAGCGAUGCAUCCACAACCGCUCAUCUUAGAAAUCAGCUUGUGAAGGAAGGAGAGACCAGAAGAGCUGAUGGAAGAGAAAGUUCGGAUCAGCUACAGGGAGCUUUUCCAAGUUAGGGGGGCCUCCCCUCGAUUCCCAGACUGGUCCCGCAAGGUGUUACCAAGAAUCCAUGAGCAAUUUUCAUGAUUUGAGAAAGACUGGUGGAAACCUUCUGUGUCUGCAGAGAAAAGCUGCACAGGCCAUCUGUAUUACUUCUUUAUGUUGUAAUUAAUAAGUAAGUAAUCUUUAUUACUCCUUUAUGUUGACCUGGAAGUCACUCUGUCAGGAUGUGAUACCCUUGGUUAUUG